AUGAUGUCCGUUCAAUGGGACAAACAUGAGACAGAACUGCUGUCACACCUGUUCCGCUACUUCUCUGGAGAAGCUUUCGUGGACGUGACGCUGUGGUGUUCAGGAUGUCACUUCAAGGCACAUCGCGUCAUGCUGUCCGCUUGCAGUGCCUACUUUGAGGUGAGCCGUCGUCCUGCUCUUGAAAAGACUCCAACACGUGAGACACGUGUAUUGUCACAACCUGCUGCCGGAGAUACAUGGCAUCUCGGCCGCGGCGCGAGGCUACCAAACAGUGAGGCUCGGCCCUGUAUGUUACAGCGCGUGCUGUUGGAGCACCACAGCUGUGGCGGGAAGCCGGUGGCGGUAAUGCUGCACGGCAUCGAGCCGGAGAACAUGUACCGUCUGCUGGAGCUCAUGUACCGCGGACGGACGGAAGUCUCGGCAUCGGAGCUGCCUCGCCUGCUGGAGACGGCGGCGGCUCUGGGCGUGCGCCUGCUGCGCUCCAGCACGCUGCGCGUCUGCGCCGCCGGCGCCGAUCCGUUGGCAGCAGCCGACGCCAGCACUGCGCCUCCUAACGGCGAUGCUACGCAGUCUGCGCCUCAGUGCGAUGACCAGCUCACGGAAACGAAGAAUCCCUCAGAGAAAGACGUCGGUACUUCUGAGUUUGUGACGAUGAGUAGUGCACCGCCGUGCACCAUUGUCUCAUCCGCCAGCCAGUCAUAUGAAUCGCCCAACGACGCUCACCAGGCCGACGACCCAGCAACUGACGGCCACGGUUCCAGUGUCAUGCUGCCUCCAGCGCUACCGCCAUUGCCACGUUCACCACGACCCCUGCCCCCGCCGUCGUCUCUGCCUGCAACCUCACUGCCACCGACUGCCGACGACCCACAGCUGUCGCCCUCGGUAUCCACAACAGACCCUCCACAGGAACCCUGCAGUAUAGACCAGUCCCUGGUUUCUCCGCAAACGUAUUCCUCCCACCAGAGUCGCAAUCCCAUGCUUUCUCCAGCUCCACAAAUACUGCCACUUCCACCACCAUCGUCUCUAACUUCAUCCCCACUGCCAACAGUUGCCGAAAAUCCACAGCUGUCGUCCCCAGUAUUCGCAGCAGUCGCUCCAAAGCACCCAUAUACAGUUGAUAGGUCCAACAUUUCUUCACAGAAGCAUCUCCCAGGUGUACAGUUCCAUCAACUUCAAGAGCAGCUAGAGGCACAUCCUAGAGACCUAGGCCCAGCUUCGCAGGGACGAAGCGAUCCGAACCCAGCGUGCAACUCGAGUUACUCGACACCAGCUGACGCCCACGAACCAACUGCACAAGUACUGAUGCCUGCCUCCCCAGCUGACAGCGUUCAGCGUCAUUUAGUGCCCGUCACAGAGAUCCAUGGCACAGACGACAUCAACAUCACCAGCUCAAUCGCCUCUCAAACUGAGAAGUUUCAUGGAUCAUGGGUGAGGCCGAACGUCCAAGAUGACUCCAUCCGUCACCCACCUCAGCCAAAAGUUGCGUGGGAAAUGCAGUCGCAUUUCUUCCCCUUGCAACAGCAGGUUGGUGACUAA